AGUGCCGAGUUUGCCUCUGCGCUCGUCGGGGGUUGGCGGCGGCGGCUGCGGCGAGUUCCAGAGGGGUGCCUGUUGGGGGCGUCCGCUCCGAGCGCCGAGGUGCCCAGCGGAGGAGGCGUCCCCGGGACACGCAGGGGAGGCCGUCCAGCCUGCACGGGGCGCUCCCGCCUCGGGGGCUCUGCGUGGCGCCUGAGCGCGCGCCCCAAUGGUCACCUGCGCCCACCUGGGCCGGCGCGCGCGGCUCCCGGCAGCUCAGCUCUCUGACUGCCCAGGAACCCGCUUUUCCCAAGAGGAGAGAAUGGCUGCCGGGUACCUGCCCUGCCGGUCCCAGGAAUUAGUAACCUUUGAGGACGUGUCCGUGGACUUCUCCCAGGAGGAAUGGGAGUUGCUGGAGCCUGCUCAGAAGAACCUGUACAGAGAGGUGAUGCUGGAGAACUAUAGGAACGUGGUCUCCCUGGAGGCCUUGAAGAACCAAUGUACUGAUGCGGGGAUUAAGAAGGGUUCACUUUCCCCAGCACAAACCCCACAAGUCACUAGUCUUUCCUCAUGGACGAGGUAUGUACUUCUUCAACCAGCAGCUUCUUCCCAGUUGGAGCAAAGAGAAGCCCUGUGGAUGGAGGAGAAAGGGACUCCUCAAGCCUCCUGUGCAGAUUGCAUGACUGUACUAAGAAACCAAGACUCAACUUACAAGAAGGUGGCUUUGCAGGAGGAACCAGCCAGUGGUUUAAAGAUGAUAAAGCUUAUCAGAGAAGACAGGGGAUGGAAGCAAUUAGAGGAGAGCCAUGAAGACCCCCGGGGACUUUUGAGCCAAAAGGCAUCCCUCCACGUAGUGGCCAUGCCUCAGGAGAAGGCUGCUGCAUGGCAUGGAUUUGGGGAAAAUGGUAAUCUGAGCCCAGCCCUUGUUUCAUCACAGGGAAGCACUAGAGGGAAUCACUUGUGUGGCAGUGAGUUAGAUACUACAAGCUUGGCAUCCGAUUCCAUCUUAAACCACCAUCAGGUGGGAUAUGCCGAUCGGAGACCCUGUGAAGGUAAUGAAUGCGGAAAUGCCAUCAGCCAGAACAGUCACUUUACUCCACAUGGGGGGAAAAUGUUUGUGUAUUUGGAAAACGGGCAGUCAUUGAACCACGGUAUGGCCCUGACCGUCCACAACAAAAUCAACACGGCAGAGAAACCCUUUGAGUGCCAGCAGUGCGGGAAGGUGUUCAACCGGAGGCAUUCCUUGAGCGAACAUCAAAGAAUUCACACGGGAGAGAAACCCUACGAGUGUCAGGAGUGUGGGCGAGCCUUUACGCACAGCUCCACCCUCACGCGCCAUCUGAGGACUCACACUGGAGAGAAGCCCUACGCGUGCGGCGCGUGCGGGAAAGCCUUCAACAGGAUCUCAUCUCUGACUCAGCAUCAGAGGAUUCACACCGGGGAAAAGCCCUAUAAAUGUGAAGACUGCGGGAAAUCCUUCUGCCAGAGUUCCUACCUGAUCUUGCACAGGAGGACGCACACCGGAGAGAAGCCCUACGAAUGCAGCGAAUGUGGAAAGGCCUUUAGCGACCGCUCCUCCCUCAACCAGCACGAGCGGACUCACACGGGCGAGAACCCCUAUGAAUGUAAGCAGUGUGGGAGAGCUUUCAGCCAGAGGUCUUCCCUGGUGAGGCACGAGAGAACUCACACUGGAGAGAAACCCUACAGGUGUCAGGAAUGCGGAAAAGCCUUCAGCCAGAGCUCGUCCCUUGUCACACAUCAGAAAACUCACAGCAGCCAGAAAAUCUACAAAAUCAUUGACUGUGGGAAAGCGUUCUACCAGAACAGACAUCUUAUUGGAUGUUAGCGAUUGCAUGCUGCUUUGUGAACCCCUUUUUAGUACUCUGACACAUACCUGUGGUUAUACUUUGCCCUGGUGGGAUGGAUAAUUUGAAAAGCAGUGGGGGCCGGGCGCGGUGGCUCAAGCCUGUAAUCCCAGCACUUUGGGAGGCCGAGACAGGCGGAUCACGAGGUCAGGAGAUUGAGACCAUCCUGGCUAACACGGUGAAACCCCGUCUCUACUAAAAAAUAGAAAAAAACUAGCCGGGCGAGGUGGUGGGCGCCUGUAGUCCCAGCUACUCGGGAGGCUGAGGCAGGAGAAUGGCGUGAACCCGGGAGGCGGAGCUUGCAGUGAGCUGAGAUCCAGCCACUGCACUCCAGCCUGGGCGACAGAGCAAGACUCCGUCUCAAAAAAAAAAAAAAAAAAAAAAAGAAAAGCAGUGGGUUUAUGUCACCUUCUCACCUUCUUGGAAGAAAGCUCUGAGAAUGGGCCUUUUUGUGUUUUGUUGUUGCGUUUUUGAGAUGGGAUCUGCCACCCAGGCUGGAGUGCAGUGGCGUGGUCAUACCUCACCGUAGCUUCAACUUCCUAGGCUCAAGUAAUCCUCCCACCCCAGCCUUCCAGGUUGCUGGGACUACAGGCGUGCAACACCAUGCCCAACAAAUUUUUAAAUUUAUUAUGGAGUUGGGGUCUUGCUACAUUACCAAGACUGGUCUUUAAUUCCCGGGGUCAAGCACUCCUCCUGUCUUGGCCUCCCAAAGUGCUGGGAUUAGAAGCAUGAGCCACUGUACCCAGGCUGACGGGGCCUCUUAAUAGGAGGAGUUGCCAUUGCAAUAUGCCAGUGAGCUCCAGACUUUCGGAAAAGAUUGGUGGAUGGGAGUGCUAUCGUGGAUGGGAUCUUGCCAAGACCCAUCACAUGUUUAGUUGCUUAAACAAAAGGUAUUCUGUUUC